AUGAAAAUGUGUGAUAUCCUGACUAAUGAGAUCAAUAAGGGGUCGUCUACCCUCAUCUUUAUUUUUGCAAUUGAGAUUCUGUUCUACUUUUCAUCUGCGGAAAGUGCACAUCCGGAUAUAGAUAUGGAUACUAAUAUCGUUGAUAUCCUCGAAUAUGUUGGAGAAGCAGUGCAACCUAUUAAAGAGGGGUUUGCUGUGUACGCAGCAAAUCAUAUUGUGUGCAUUGGGUAUCGUAUGAUUCAACGUUCCAAUAUAAUGAUCGAAGUGGUGGGAUACGUAACUCCCUUCGCCUCAUCAGACCAUGCUUAUCUGAACGUCUCGAUAUCUAAAUGGGUACUGAAAUGCUCAUGUAAAGCUGGCACAAUAAUAUGCAAGCAAAUUGUUGUUUGUCUUCUCCUUAUAGAAAAGUGA